AUGUGUGUGUUUCAGUCCGUGUUUAUUUUGUUAAACCACCAGGAGGUAAAGGCUUUGUUUGCAUGUGAGAGCCUCCCCAGGAUCCAGAGCUGUGAGUUUGCCCAGAACGACAACUGGUUCAUCACCUUCCACACUGAGGCUGACGCUCAACAGGUACAGCUGGGAGAGACAGAGACUGUGGUUACGGAGGUUAACAACAGCUGGGAGAGGGAUUGAUUCUCUAGACAUUCAUACACAUUUCAUUCAGCUGCACAUUUAAUUCACGUGUGUGUGUGUGUGUGUGUGUGUGUGUGUGUGUGUGUGUGUGUGUGCGCUCCAGGCAUUUCAGUACCUGAGAGAGGAGGUGAGGACGUUCCAGGGGAAACCCAUCAAGGUGAGUUGAGACUAAAGAAAAUAUUUUUCUAUGCAUGCUGCAAGUGCCAAUCACAUGAUAAAAGAUUGAUUGAUUGCUUUGUUGAUUAAUAAAUUGAUCAGGCACGGAUCAAGGCCAAUGUGAUGGCAGUCACAUCAUACGCUCCAAAGAAUGGCUACAGGCCCCGGCCAAUGGACCCCUGCACCAAUCAGCAGCCUUACAGCCCGUACUACGUCCCUCCCACUUUCCAGCAGCCCCUCCCACAGCACUACACAAUGACCAAUCAAAGCUUGGCUGCCGUGGCCGGAUACACUGACCCUGACCUGGUGAGAUGGACACACACAUACACACACACACACAUACACACACAUAUGCAUGUACAAGCAUUUUCUCUCACACUGGUGUCAUUGGUGCUCUGUACAGCAGAUGGCGUCAUUCUCUGGCUUCAUGAACGGCUUCCCAGGAAGCCCCAGCUUCAAACUAUCCCCCUCACACAAACACAGGUACUACACUCCUCACUCUCUUUGUCAUUCUGGAGAGACGUCUCUCUCCUUCUCCCAAGCUAUCAAUCUCUCUAUUUCUUUCUCUUUGUCUCUCUCUCCCUUUCUGUGAUUUGCUUGACGAUGUAACCAUGGUUCUAGUUACGUUGUUGUGAUGUUACAUGUGUUUCUCUCUCUCCUCCAGUAGGGGGCACCGUGGGCAGCGGGACCAGAGGCGGCGUUCUGGCGACAGGGAGCCGGGCCUUCUGGAUGACCCCCCCUUCUUCCCGGAGCGUGUACCAAUAGGACGCCUCCCUGGCCCCCCCAGGCAGGGCCGGCCACGGUUAUCAGGCAACAGGCGUAGGGAUGGAGAAGGGGGUCGACGUGGAGGGAGAGGGGAGUCAGGGUCCUCCCCCAACACUGGCAUAGGAAGGUAAUGACCUCUAACCUCCAGCCCUUAGAGACGGGACUCUUCCUGAUCACUCAUGUUCAGUAGAGACUAAACAGAAGAUUAAAUGUUUUUGAGGUACCACCUGAACUGAAGGAAGAUAAUAGCUGUUUUCAUUAACUUGUCCAAUGAUUUUUUGUCUACAUUUAGAACAUUUGCAUAGAUGCUACAAUUGCAUGCUACAGUGCGUUUCCAUUAAACUAUCUUGUGUCAAUAAAAUCAGCUGGCUGUAAUAAUUUCACACCUAAAAGAACCCAUUUUCACAAAAACCUACAGUGUCGAAUAAAAAUUAAUUGGUUGAAGUUUUCCCAUUUCCUAUUUAGGCAAAUUGCGCAUAAGGCCUAAUAAAUUAGUGACAGCCUGUAGCUUAUGCCCUCCCACCUAUCUGUUUUAUGUCUCAGGUAGCCCACAAAAGCCAGCAUGGAUAGAAUGCAAUAAUUGACUAAUAUUUGCCAUAUUGUAAUAAUUGUCAUGUGCCAACGUAUCGCCACGGCCCGUGCCAUGCUGAAACUUGCACUCUUGUAGAUCUGAAAUAAUUGGAUGGUGAAACUUGCCUGCCAACCAGAACACCAAGGCGAAGCAAUUCAGGCAUUCUUGAAAGUCAGGACAAAAAUAGAUUUAGCAAGCAGUGGGCAUUACAAUUAAUUGUGGAGUGGAGCUUUAUAGUUUUGUGCACGGCCGGCCCGCUCAUUAGGCAGGAUUAGGCCUAUGGCGGCAGAUUGAUUAGGGCGCCAUUUUCUGAGCUAAACGGACCAAGACGCACCACCAACAACAACACAUAAAACCUCACAUUUCUCUCAACCAGUGGUAUAUGGGCUUUUUAGGUGCACGCUAAUGCCACCCUGUGAUAAGCAGUGCCCACUUUGUAAAAGGCAGGGGCGCAAAAUAUUUUGCUUGUCCAUUCACAGCGCACCUCUCCAGGGUGCUGUUGGAGAGACUAAUCACUGCGGCGCUCCACCAACGUUCCGUCCAAAAAAUGAUCUAACAUAAAUCAUGUAGCAGAUAUAGGAUUUGGUAGAAACAGUAUGUGGCCUUUUCUGUAGCCUACAGGCUGGAGAUAAAAUGUAUGACAAUGCAAUGAGACAGACACUUUACAUCAUGUAGGUUUCUCCGAUCAAAUAGCCUAACCUAAAUGGCGCUCAUUCAAAUAAAAAAUGUGCUGUCAUGUUAACAAACGACAUAUCCUAAAAACAGGACAGGUCAAAGUAAAAUGGACAAUAUGGAAUGGACAACUACAACUGUUGUCUAGGAGUUUCACCCCAUUGUCAUGAUCAGUGGUUUCAAGUUUGUAUCCGUACAUUUUUUUUACAAGCUGAUCGUAGCGAAAAAAACAAAAUAGUUCUGCUUUUCCAGCUUUGUAAACACAUUGUAAAAUAGGCUCACGAUAACUCCUGAUAAAGUUGGGUAGCUGAUAUUCAGAGCGUAAAUAGGCCAAUUGAAUAGUCACAGGAAUCAGGACUAAUAAUGCCAAUGCUACAGCCAGUUUUUCAAACGAUGGGCCUACCACAUGGAUGGGCAUUCAUACAAUUCCAUUGCUGGCCACAUAGUAGGAUACACUCCAGUAAGCACGAGCCAACUUAUUUUUUGUGUGUUUUACAAACUGUAGGCUUACCACAUAGAAGGCGAGGUCAGUACAGGUGCAUCUGAAAAACAGCUUCUAUCUCAAGGCCAUCAGACUGUUAAACAGCCACCACUAGCACAGAGGCGCUGCUGCCUACAUACAGACUUGAAAAUCACUGGCCACUUUAAUAAAUGGAACACUAGUCACUUUAAUAAUGUUUACAUAUCUUGCAUUACCUAUCUCAUAUGUACAGUGGGGGAAAAAAGUAUUUAGUCAGCCACCAAUUGUGCAAGUUCUCCCACUUAAAAAUAUGAGAGAGGCCUGUAAUUUUCAUCAUAGGUACACGUCAACUAUGACAGACAAAUUGAGGGAAAAAAAUCCAGAAAAUCACAUUGUAGGAUUUUUUAUGAAUUUAUUUGCAAAUUAUGGUGGAAAAUAAGUAUUUGGUCACCUACAAACAAGCAAGAUUUCUGGCUCUCAAAGACCUGUAACUUCUUCUUUAAGAGGCUCCUCUGUCCUCCACUCGUUACCUGUAUUAAUGGCACCUGUUUGAACUUGUUAUCAGUAUAAAAGACACCUGUCCACAACCUCAAACAGUCACACUCCAAACUCCACUAUGGCCAAGACCAAAGAGCUGUCAAAGGACACCAGAAACAAAAUUGUAGACCUGCACCAGGCUGGGAAGACUGAAUCUGCAAUAGGUAAGCAGCUUGGUUUGAAGAAAUCAACUGUGGGAGCAAUUAUUAGGAAAUGGAAGACAUACAAGACCACUGAUAAUCUCCCUCGAUCUGGGGCUCCACGCAAGAUCUCACCCCGUGGGGUCAAAAUGAUCACAAGAACGGUGAGCAAAAAUCCCAGAACCACACGGGGGGACCUAGUGAAUGACCUGCAGAGAGCUGGGACCAAAGUAACAAAGCCUACCAUCAGUAACACACUACGCCGCCAGGGACUCAAAUCCUGCAGUGCCAGACGUGUCCCCCUGCUUAAGCCAGUACAUGUCCAGGCCCGUCUGAAGUUUGCUAGAGUGCAUUUGGAUGAUCCAGAAGAGGAUUGGGAGAAUGUCAUAUGGUCAGAUGAAACCAAAAUAGAACUUUUUGGUAAAAACUCAACUCGUCGUGUUUGGAGGACAAAGAAUGCUGAGUUGCAUCCAAAGAACACCAUACCUACUGUGAAGCAUGGGGGUGGAAACAUCAUGCUUUGGGGCUGUUUUUCUGCAAAGGGACCAGGACGACUGAUCCGUGUAAAGGAAAGAAUGAAUGGGGCCAUGUAUCGUGAGAUUUUGAGUGAAAACCUCCUUCCAUCAGCAAGGGCAUUGAAGAUGAAACGUGGCUGGGUCUUUCAGCAUGACAAUGAUCCCAAACACACCGCCCGGGCAACGAAUGAGUGGCUUCGUAAGAAGCAUUUCAAGGGCCUGGAGUGGCCUAGCCAGUCUCCAGAUCUCAACCCCAUAGAAAAUCUUUGGAGGGAGUUGAAAGUCCGUGUUGCCCAGCGACAGCCCCAAAACAUCACUGCUCUAGAGGAGAUCUGCAUGGAGGAAUGGCCCAAAAUACCAGCAACAGUGUGUGAAAACCUUGUGAAGACUUACAGAAAACGUUUGACCUGUGUCAUUGCCAACAAAGGGUAUAUAACAAAGUAUUGAGAAACUUUUGUUAUUGACCAAAUACUUAUUUUCCACCAUAAUUUGCAAAUAAAUUCAUUAAAAAUCCUACAAUGUGAUAUUCUGGAUUUUUUUUCUCAUUUUGUCUGUCAUAGUUGAUGUGUACCUAUGAUAAAAAUUACAGGCCUCUCUCAUCUUUUUAAGUGGGAGAACUUGCACAAUUGGUGGCUGACUAAAUACUUUUUCCCCCCACUGUAUAUACUGAAUUCUAUACUAUCUAUUGCAUCUUAGCCUAUGCCACUCUGACAAUGACAUUGCUCAUCCAUAUAUUUAUAUAUUCUUAUUCCAUUCCUUUACUUAGAUUUGUGUGUAUUAGAUAUUUGUUGUGAAACUGUUAGAUAUUACUUGCUAGAUAUUACUGCACUGUCGGAACUAGAAGCGUAAGCAUUUCGCUACACUCGCAAUAGCAUCUGCUAACCAUGUGUAGGUGACCAAUACAUUUGAUUUGAUAGAUGGGCAUUCAUAAAAUUCAAUUUCAGGCAACACUGUAGGCUACACCUCAGUAAGCACGGACUGACACCUGUGCCUUUUUGAUGUCUUUUUUUGGUGCAGUCCGGACCGGCCUUGAUUUCCACAUCCACGGACAUUGGUUUUUGGUCCGGUCCGGACAUUGGUUUUUGGUCUCGGCAAGGAUCGGCCCUGGUUACGCGAUGACAUUCCUGGCUCUUCAUACCUUCAAAAUUAUUCUGCAAUCAUAAUUAUUUGAAAAACAUAAUUUGAGUCAUCAAUUGUUGCAAUAAAGCUUGACAAAUGAAGAAAUCCAUGCCUGUCGAAUGGAUACAAAUUUCGACGAUCUUAGAAAAGUUAUCCUAUAUCUGUUGUUUCCAUUACACAUGCCGCAGUGAUUGUUUGGUAGACAUUACUUUUGUAGAAUAAACCUGGGUCAAUGGGGAAACCUGCCUAUUGAUUAUAUCUCUCUCUCUCUGAAGGAGAGGUCCCAUUGGUCAGAGGAGGAGAAGAGAUGAGAAGUACAUUGUAAGUACCUAACAUGUGGAUGGUUUUGGGAACAUUUCAAGGAAAAGCUCUUACUUUUGAGUGUUGUUUUUGUGUGGCUGUGGAUAUGUAUGUCUGUGUAUAACAACAGGUGUAUAUAAACUUGUGUGUGUUUAGAGAGGGCCCCCCCAGUCGCCCCCCCGCUCCUUGUCUCCCAGUCUGGAGCUCGGCCCCACUAGCUUCCCCCCACUGCCUCCGGCAACAGCCUCCAGAGAAAUACUUACCAUAGCAACCAGCAAUCACAAAGCAACCUGCAACCACAAGGUAACCAAGAGUCACACACACAUACACACUCACACACGCCCUCUACUGUCUUGUAAGGUUGUUUUUCUUGUUCCAGAGUGCACUUACAGACAGCAGUACCAGCCAACCAACCACUGUGACAUUACAAGAGCUCCAGCCUAUCACAGCAUUGCCUCAGAAAACCCUCCCCCUAGAGUGAGUAUAUUCUCCUUCCUUUGAAUCAUCAUUGCUGUGGACUGGGUCCCUUUCACAAUGUGUUUUGUAUGAUUACUUCAAGGAAGAAGGAUACAAGCAGACUCAUGUCUGUGUUAUGAUAUGUUAUGGUUGUGUUGUGUUAUGGUUGUUGUUGAUGGUGGCUGUUGCUGGACCACAGGAAGCUGAAGGAAACCGUAGCAUCUCCCAAGAGGACCACAGCAGCUCCUCCGACCAUGAAAGAAUCGCUCCAGACCAUGAAGGAAAACGGACCAGCACUGGUGAGACAGCUCACGGACUACAGAGACAAACUGGUUAUUAGUGAAAGUAGUGUAUGCUGGGUACUGACCUGUUCUGUGUUGUGAUUGGUUAGGAGUCCAAGAAGCCGAGCUACGCUGAGAUCUGCCAAAGGAUACGAGCCAAUCAAACGCUUUGCGCAAACCCCAUUGACCACACCCCUUCCGGGGCGGAGCUUGCCCCAGCCUAUCCUGCACAGGAGUCUGACACGGCCCAGUUACCACGGUGA